UGUUUGUGAUCCAGGAGAGAUGGCGCAGAAAACACUCGACCAAGAAGCCUUUUCCUGCUCCGUGUGUUUGGAUCUACUGAAGGAUCCUGUGACUAUUCCCUGUGGACACAGCUACUGCAGGAACUGUGUCCAACAGCACUGGGACCAAGAGGACGACAAGCAGCUCUACAGCUGUCCUGAAUGUGACCUCAGGUUCAGCCCCAGGCAGAUGAAGAAGACAGCGCCCCCUGCUGCUCGCUGCUAUGCCGGACCUCAGGAUGUGUCCUGUGAUGUGUGCACUGGGAGGAAGCUAAGAGCUGUCCAGUCCUGUCUGCAGUGUGUGGCCUCUUACUGUGAGCGCCACCUACAGCCUCAUCAUGAAGCUGCAGCGUUUAAGAAACACCAGCUGGUGGAGCCGUCUCACAUGCUACAGGAAAACAUCUGCUCUGAACACGACAAAGUGAUGGAUCUAUUCUGCCGCAGUGACCAGCAGAGCGUCUGUUACCUCUGCUCUGUGGAUCAACAUAAGGGUCAUGACAUAGUGACCUCUGCCUCAGAGAGGGCUCAGAGGCAGGCAGAGCUGCCGGCCAGGAGGGCCCUGCUGCUCCAGAACCUCCAGCACAAAGAGACAGACCUGAAGAGGCUCCAACAGGAGGCCCAGGACAUCAGACACUCUGCCCAGACAGCAGUGCAGUGCAGCGGGGACAGUUUCACACAGAUGGCCCUUCUCCUGGACAAAAGACGCUCUGAAGUGGAGCAGCAGAUCCGCUCCCAGGAGCAGACCCAACUGAGCCGAGUCCAAGAGCUCCAGGACCAACUGCAGCAGGACGUGAGGGGGCUGAAGAGGAGCCUCUCUGAGCUAGACACACUGGCCCUCACACAGGAUCAUAACCAGUUUAUACAGGUCUACACUUCACUGUCCCCACACACACAGAGCACAGAGCCACACACCAUUCACACAGGGGACCGGAGCUACUUUGAGGAAGUGACCAGAGCUGUGUCCAAGCUCAGAGACACACUCCAGCUCACUCUGAGUCCAGUCCAGGUUUUACUGGCACAAGCUGAACCCAACUCCAGAGACGACUUCUUACAAUAUUCUACAGAAAUCACUCUGGACCCAAACUCAGUUCACACCAAACUGUCUCUGUCUGAUGGAAACAGAAGAGUAACACGUGUGAGUGAACACCAGAGUUACCCAAAACAUCCAAACAGAUUCAGUUACUGGGAGCAGGUUCUGAGCAGAGAGAGUCUGACGGGUCGCUGUUACUGGGAGGUGGAGUGGAGCGGAGUGUGGGCUCGUAUAGCAGUUUCAUACAGAGAUAUUCAGAGGAAAGGACACUCUAUUGAAUGUGGAUUUGGAUACAAUGAUAAAUCCUGGGCCUUACAGCGUGAACCUAACAGUUAUUCAUUUUGGUUUAACAAAGUCCAGUCCCAGGUUUCAGGUCCAGUCAAGUCCAGAAUCGGGGUUUACCUGGACCACAGUGCAGGAGUUUUGGCAUUUUACAGUAUCUCUGAAAGUACCAUGAGCCUCCUCCACAGAGUCAAGACCAGGUUCACUCAGCCUCUCUACGUUGGGGUUGGGAUUUAUUAUACUGGAGACACUGCACAUUUCCCUAAACUCAAAUAGCAGCUUUGUUCUCCCCAGUUUAGAAUAAAAUUGUGUCUUGCAUUUUUAACUAUUCAGAUAAAAGUCUCUACAUGAGGGAAUAAAAAAGAUACUAAAUGAUUAAAACUAGAAUUAAAGCAAAACUCUAAUGAACAAGGAUCAAUGCUAAUCUAUCUAUUUAUCUAUCUAUCUUUUUAUAAACAGGAUAAAAUCAUAUUGCCUUUUUUUUUACUACUACUACUACUACUACUGCUACUACUACUACCAACUCAUAUGUUUUCUAAUUUCUUUCUCUAAAUUAGAUUAUAUCCAGUACUGUACCAGGACUAAACCACUAAAGUCUAGACAAUAUAUAAGUUUAGUUGUAGUAAUCUCUACAUACUUGUUUGAACUGUUUUGAACUAACUUUAUUUCAACUUUCAUUUCCAAUGUAUAUGUAAAGUAAGUAAAGCAAGUGUAAAGUAUGUAAAGUAAGUGUAUGUAAGUAUGUGCUCUAAAUGUCAUGUCAGACUAGAGCGGUGAUGGUGUGUGUGCUUUGUGUUUCUGUGUGUACAUGGAACUGUGUUUUGUGUUGACUUGAAUCAGAACUGGAACUUUUCAAUAACAAAUACAUUCUGAAAUCAA